AUGGAUCAUUUGAAACACGAUGUAAAGGAUCAAUAUUAUGUUGAUAUUGAUGACAAGACAAACUCGAAAGAGUUGGAUUAUUACAACUUUAAACUACACGACUACGAUAACAAUAUGCUACUGGACGGGCUAGAGCUGUUGAUGGCUUUGAAUCACGAUCACGAUGCACACAACACAGAGAACAAAGCAGCCACUACUGCUGAACCGACUGAUGGCCAGAGACAGCACCAACAGCAGGGAAAGUUUGACCAGGAUGCUCUUUUGGUCGAUCAUAUUCUAACCGUUUACGAUACUGACAAGGAUGGAUACAUCAGUUUCUACGAGUACAUGACUGUUAAAGAACAUAACAAGUGA